UACAGUUUCAAAAGUGUCUUUAGAAGCUUUAGAAUAAAACUAAUAGUGAAAAUGUACAAAUUUUACGUUGUUGCUGCUUUAUUAGCUUGCGUCGCCGCUGCUCCUGUUGACGAUGAUGUUCAUGCUGAAGUUAAGGAAUUGAAAUCGGACGUACGUGCUGACGGCUUUGAUUUCACUUUGGAUACUACAAAUCAUAUCCACGAACAAGCUUCUGGCGACGCUCACGGCGUUAUUCACGGUGACUUUGAAUGGGUUUCACCCGAAGGUGUUCACGUUAAGGUUGCCUAUGUAGCCGAUGAAGAAGGUUAUCACCCAUCCAGUGAUUUGUUACCUACACCCCCUCCAGUACCCGAAGCCAUUUUGAAGGCUCUUGAAUACCUUAAAGCCCAUCCUCAAAAGGAAGAAUCCCACCAUUAA